AUGCUUCUCGAGCAGCUGGCGGCCUUUACUCUACCAGUCUCUCGAUUCUCUUCAGCCGAUUUAAUAUCGCCGAAGAAGGAGCAUGUCUCCUUUGUAAACUUCGUGAGAAAGUUCGACUUCACUGGCAAGGGGAUCGCACAUGAGGCGUACCUGUCGCUCAUUGAAUCCCAAAACAUUCGCCAAUGUCGACAAAAGCGACUUCGUGAAGCGUACAACUCAUUUCGAGCACGGAACGAGGCACAUUUUUGGGCAGAUCGCGCUUUCGAAUCUGCUAAGCGUGAACUGCUUGUUAACAGUGCCAUUGUGGCCAAGAAGUCGGCGGUUAUGAUUCAGGAAGCGGAUCUUCAGGAAGCGACCUCUGGGACCCAGAGAUACCCAUCCGACUUGGAUUCAAACAUUGCGCAUUUAGAGGCGUUGGAUAACUCAGAUGACAGUAAGGCUGAGAUAGAAGCGGAAGUCACCUCUGAGAUUGCAGCGUCUGUAGUCCAAGGAAAGUUUUCUGAGGCUCUCUUGAGGGACACCUUCAACGCAAUGCUGCUUGACAAUUUUGGAACUGAUACAAGGUAUUUUUGA